AGAAACAUAUAUCGAGUUCUAAGUCUCCACCCUCUCCUCCAGUUCUAGGGCUUCCAUUGCUCUCCAACUCUACUCUCAACCUUCUUCUACUUCUUUUACUCUGCCCUUCGAAUACUUCACAGUAUCCCUCCCUUUCCAUUUCUUCGUUUCCUUACCUUCUUCUUGGAGCUUUCAAAUCUAAGGUUCCAGGCAUUGUUUCGCCACUGCAUUCGGAUUACCAAUGGUGAAGUCUUCCAAGUCCGUCCACGAACGCUUCCAAGACGACGGGAAUGAGUUGGGAGUGAAAAUUGAGGGGAAGAGUGGUGAUAGCAAGGCGAGUGGUCAUCGGUCUAAACACUCUGAGACCGAGCAGCGAAGGAGAAGUAAAAUUAAUGAAAGAUUUCAGAUUUUGAGAGACCUCAUACCUCAGAAUGAUCAAAAAAGAGACAAGGCUUCAUUCUUGUUAGAGGUAAUUGAGUACAUUCAAUUUCUACAAGAGAAGUUAAAUAUGUACGAAGGGUCAUGCCAAGGUUGGAGUUCAGAGCCUUCAAAAUUGGUUCCAUGGAAGAAUUAUAGAGCUGCUGAAAGUUAUGUUGAUCAUUCCCAAGUGGUAAAGCGGGGUUCCAAUCAUGAGAGCGCUGUCGUUUUUUCCCAAGCAAUGCUAACAAAUGCACCGAAUGUGAUGAAUGCUGACAUGGGUCCUGCUGCAGUACUAAAUGCGGUGGAUCAUACCCUUGUCUCUGCUACUCAAGGACUCCCCAUGAGCAUGCAUGCACAACCAAUUGUAUUUGAACCUGUUGGAAGAGGUAGUUUAUCAACCGAGUCUUUGGACGAGCCUGCAUCAGGAUCAGAGAACAUCUCUUCCAAGACCCAGACCGAAUUAUUGCAGGGUCGAACCCAUGCCACUACUGGUUUUUUGAACCAUGCUGUUAGUGAUCAGGAGGAUCUUUCUGUGGAAAGUGAAAUGGAGGGUAUCUCAGGUGUCUAUUCCCAUGGGUUACUAAGUACCCUGACCCAGGCCCUACAGGCUUCAGGCGUUGAUUUGUCACAGACCAACAUCUCAGUGAAAGUUGAUGUCGGAAGACGAGCAAAUAGAUCGUUGUCCCUUUCAGAGGAUGACAAAAAACAAUCUUUGAACAAUCAAAUGACGGCACAGAGUUUACAUGGCUACUUCAGUGAGGACUCAGAACAAGCUCACAAGAAGCUUAGAACAGGGGUGUAGUGUGUUACUCUGAGCUGCUUCUUUAUCUUACCCCUGUGCCUUCUUUGUUCUCUUCCAUCUUUGAGUGUGAUAUCAUUAUUAUUUUUUUUUCCUUAAAUGGGUGGGUGGGGGUGGUGUUUUGGGGGAUAAUCUUGGCCAUUUUUUUUACAGGUCAUGGUCUGUUAGCAGCAACUGGGAUUUCUUUGAUUGUAGAUGUCUUUCUCCUUGGUCCCAGUUGCUGCAAGGAUACAAGGUUAUGCGUGUUUUUUUUUUCUGAAGUUUAAGUUAUGAUAGAAAAGCUUGCAUUUUGUAAUGUAUUGUAGCCUGUAAUUCUCCAGAUUAAUGAGAUCCCCUGAGAAUAUUUUUAGUUGCAUGGUUUAUGAGGUUAAAA